AUGGGGAAGAAGAAGGUCCCAUCGGAGAAGGAAGUCGCUGAACUGGUCCAAGGCAAGCUCGCCCAAGGGGGAGGACGCCUUCAGCUGCGUGGCAUCAGCCUUGCCAAUGCCUCCUCAUCUCUGACCGAGGUCUUCAGCCGGGGUCCAGCACUGCAGGCUGUCAACUUCUCUGGUUGUGACCUCAAUGCCACGUCCCUCCGCCUGCUGCUGGAGGCUCUUGGGAUGGGCGAGCUUCGUGAGCUCCAGCUGAGCAGCAAUCCACUCGGCCCGGAUGGCGCUGAGGUCAUCGCCCAGUUCCUCCCCGCCGCCCCUCUGCUGGAGCGCCUUUCCCUGGGCAGCGCUUCCACUGGGGACGGCGCCCAGUGCCUCACAGCGUGGCUGCGCAACGCCAACGCUUUGGUUGCGGCCAACCUGCGCUGCAAUGGCAUCUCUGCCGCCGUUUGCGCAGAGCUGCUGUCGGCAGCCACGGCAAACUCCACCCUGGAGGUCAAGCCUUCUCUUGGUAGUGGUUAG